AUGGACUCCGCAACGGCUACAGCCGCCGGCGCCGUCGCCGCGACUCCAUCCAAUGGGCGCAAACAUCACAAGCCUAGCUCCUCACUGGGGUCUCUGUACGAGGCGCUGGCCGAUCUGGACGAGAAUCAACUGGAAUAUCUCCUGCAGGAGAUGAAUCAUACUGGCGAAUCGAAUGUUCCAGUAUCCCAGGCAGUGUCGGCAUUCGACUCGCAGAGCCCGUCCGAGUCUCUGAACACCGUAAGAAUGAGCAUGCUACCACCCAUGCCAGCACCUGAACCAGGCCUCCAAAGGCAGCUUUCCAAGUCGCAACAGGGCAAGCUUCGUUUGCAAACAGCUUUCCAGAGGACGCCUUCGCUACGACAGAGGCAGCAGCCGGAAACCCGCAUGUCUCGUCAACUAUCCAACAGCAAGCCUGCCCAAGAUACUGCAAUAGAGGUCUCGAAACGCGGAUCAGUCCGGAGACCACCUGAACGACAAUCCAGCCCUCUUAGCCCUUUAUCUCAAAAACCUGGUAUCAUCGCAAAUCCCACACCAGAGCCUGAAAUCCAGCUGCCGAAACGGGGGAGCGUCGCCAGCACCGUGAGAUCCAGAGCCCCAACCACCAGCCGGAACCCAUCGGCAGCCUACAAGCGUAUCCCACGGCCCGACUUCAGUCUCCCGGAUGGCAUCACAAUCCCGGACCUUCUCCAGCUCCUCGAAGUCGAAUUCCUAUCGUCAAGCGCACAAGACGUCCCUUCGCCCAUUUCCCUUUCCUCUCCUGCAUCCGCAAUAGUUGGACACCGCUCUUCGUCCCCCUUUCUGUCACCGUCUCCAUCCACCUCCAUGUCCCACUCGCCGGUGUCACCAGGAGGCCGCACUUUGCGCAAGCACUCCUCGAGGCUGGACAUGGCGCUCGCGGCAGAAAGAGACGCUUCUGGCAUCGAGGAGAUUGGCCUGGGGAUGCUCGAGCCAAGGGGUCGGGCGACAUCUUCCGCGGGAAUAUCCGCUCCCAUAACGCCGACGGAACCUUUUUCGAGGGGUUUUGGGGGCGACACUCCAUCGCCGGUUGUGUUGGAGGGGAUUUUUGAUGUGCUGGAGAAUCGGUAG